GGGAGAUAGGAAUUCUUGUCCAGAUCUAGCCUCGGCCGCAGAAGACAUUAGGAUGGAGUACCUGUUGGAGGUUUCUCUCCUGGUUGGACUCGCCGUGAUGGUUGACGCGGCUCCCUUCAUUCCAAACGACUUCACAGAUAAAAUCACAGACGCCAUAAAUUACUACAACAUGGAAUCACAAUCCAAAUCUCUAUUUAAACUUCUCGAGGAUAAAGAUAUAAACAAUCUGAAUCAUUCAAAGAAAAUUGAAACAAUCAUUAUUGUAAUCCAAGAGACUGUAUGUUUGAAGUCACAGUAUUUGAGCCAUGGAAGCUGUCCUUUUAAAAACGGCGGAGAAGUAAGGAAAUGCAUUGUAUCUAUUGAUAAGAGUGAUCUUAGUGUGGCCUCCAAUGUACGUUGUGAGAAUAUGUCUGAUUCAGUGGGUAACGGACCUGAUAAGGUUGAAAGUCGGUUCAAUGUAACACAACUGAGCAAGAAGAACAGGAGACUUCCACCAAAAAAGUCAGCAUGUCUUGGCUGUAUAAUAUCCAUACUCCCUGGAUCCCAGCAACACUGAUUUAAUAUCACGCAGCCUCCAUGCAAUAAGUAAUGGGUUGAUUUAACGGCUUGAUUUUAUUUACCGUUGCAGACAAAUUUGUACCAAUAUAAAAAAGUGACUAUUUCCAAAAU